GUUUAACCUUUAAGCAAUAUGUCAAAAUGGUCAAAAUUGAAAAGAUUUCAUGUCUCUUGGCGUGAAAAAUAUCCGUUUUAACGGAAAAUAUUAUACCUGAAUGUAAUUCGAGGAGAAAAAAAGACUUGGAAAUGGAUAUUCGUCAAAAUUUAAUGGAACAAAUUACAGAACACGACCAUGAGUCAAAAACGACUGUACCUAUCUCAAAACUCAGCAAGUCUUUGCCAAUUGGUGUACAAUUAUCUUUGACUGUUGUGUUUACAACCCUCUAUGCGUUGUUGUUUUUGCUUAUAUGGAUGCAGUUAAUACUAAUUCUUGUCUAUAAACACAAGCGGAUUUCGUAUCAAACUGCAUUUUUAUACAUUUGUUUACUGUGGGCUGCCCUUAGAACUGUUCUAUUUUCAUUUUACUUCAACGACAGCUGUAAAGCAAAUGAGCUACCUCUCUUCUUAAAAUGGUUGCUCUAUUCAUUUCCCAUAUUCUUGCAGUUCUGUACGUUAAGUCUACUGGCGUUAUAUUUUUCCAAAGUUGUGUUAAAAUCCUUGACGACAUACGAACCUCAUGUCCGUUACAGGAAACAGCGCUGUCUGUAUGCAAUAUUUUUUGGUGUUAACUUUAUCUUUUUGACACUAAAUGUGACAGAUGUUAUACUGGUGGAAUAUGAGACUUGUUGCACAGCAAAUAUAAUACUUACAAGGGUUAUUGUGAAUGAAUCACUUUUUAUUUUCACAUCAUUUGCUCUCUGUUAUUGUAUAAUAAAGUUAUCAAAGGCCUCUACAGGAAACUUGUUACUUGAAGGACAGGGAACUAGUUUGUGCCAAGCUCUUAUUGUUUCUACCAUCAUUGGUUUGGUUUAUACAUCACGUGCUGUUUAUAAUAUUAUUGCUGUCAUACCUAAAGUUAAGCUACCUACAUUUGGCUAUGGUUGGAUAAAUGUUUCUGACGAGGGAGAAGCAGUGGAAGGAAAGGAUUUGACAACACAUGCGGCAAGAAACUAUGGAUAUGCUUCACUAGGAGUUGUCCUUUUCUGUUGGGAAUUUCUACCCACACUUUUCGUGGUUGUUUUCUUUCGAGUGAAAAGACCACAGAGAGGCUUGGGUUCAAUGCUCUCUACCAGUAAAGAGAACAGAAAAGCCUAUUUCUUCGACAAUGAUAACCGUUAUAAUUCUGAAGAUGAUCUUCCUGGGAGCACACAGAAUUUAGCUUAUGAUAUUCCUGACAAUGGCAGAUCUAACCAAGGACCUUAUACAAUCAACAACUCUAGUUUGCAUCGAAUACACUCAUACGGCUCCACUGGUCAGUCUAGUUCUACACGGUCACCUUAUAGCUAUCCAAGUCCAAUAAAAGGAAUUACUCCUACAAGAUUGUUAUCAGAUGGUAAUGAUUCAUUACUGGCUACAAAUGGUCGUUUUGACAAAAAAUAAUUCUUGUGGAAUUAAUUAAUUGAUGACUGUACAAUUGAUCUAUUAAUCAAAAAACAAGACUCAACAUUUUACUAUGCAUCAAAGCAUCAAAGGACUUUGGUGGGAAUAAGUUUUAUAGCAUUUGAUCGUUAUUUAAAGGUCAUAUCACAAAUUACUAACUUUCGAUUACAUUAGAUUUUGUAAUUUAAAAAUAUGAGAAAAUUCAUAAUAAAUCAAGCGUGUUUUUAGUCA